AGAGGGAGGCCGCUGUCCGACGGUGCGGGCGUACGGUGGGAGCCCCCCCGGCAGCCGCGCUCUGAGCCCCGGCGCGCCGCCACCGCCCGCCCGCCCGCCCGCCGCCCCCCGCCGGCAGCCACCAUGAACAAGCUGUACAUCGGGAACCUAAACGAGAGCGUGACUCCGGCCGACUUGGAGAAAGUCUUCAACGACCACAAGAUCUCCUUCAGCGGGCAGUUCCUGGUCAAGUCCGGCUAUGCUUUUGUGGACUGCCCCGACGAGCAGUGGGCCAUGAAAGCCAUCGAAACUUUUUCGGGGAAAGUGGAGCUGCAUGGAAAACAGCUUGAGAUUGAACACUCAGUGCCUAAAAAGCAAAGGAGCCGGAAAAUCCAAAUCCGAAAUAUCCCACCCCAGCUGCGAUGGGAGGUUCUGGAUGGCUUGCUAGCACAAUAUGGCACUGUAGAAAACUGUGAGCAAGUGAACACAGACAGUGAGACCGCUGUGGUUAAUGUCACUUACACAAACCGGGAGCAGACCAGGCAAGCCAUCAUGAAGUUAAACGGGCACCAGCUGGAGAACCACGUGCUGAAAGUCUCCUACAUCCCUGAUGAGCAGUCCGUGCAGGGCCCAGAGAAUGGGCGGCGGGGUGGCUUUGGGGCCCGAGGUGCCCCCCGGCAGGGCUCCCCUGUCACUGCAGGGGCUCCAGUCAAGCAGCAGCCCGUGGACAUCCCACUCCGUCUGCUGGUGCCCACGCAGUAUGUGGGUGCCAUCAUUGGCAAGGAAGGGGCCACCAUCAGGAACAUUACCAAGCAGACACAGUCCAAGAUUGAUGUGCACCGUAAGGAGAAUGCAGGAGCUGCAGAAAAAGCUAUCAGCAUCCACUCCACCCCCGAGGGCUGCUCUGCUGCCUGCAAAAUGAUCUUGGAGAUCAUGCAGAAGGAGGCAAAGGACACGAAGACAGCUGAUGAAGUGCCUCUGAAAAUCUUGGCCCAUAACAACUUUGUGGGGCGCCUGAUUGGCAAAGAAGGGCGGAACUUGAAGAAAGUGGAGCAGGAUACUGAGACAAAAAUCACCAUCUCAUCCUUGCAGGACCUGACCCUGUACAACCCCGAAAGAACGAUCACAGUGAAGGGCUCUAUCGAGAACUGCUGCAAAGCAGAGCAGGAGAUCAUGAAGAAAGUGAGAGAAGCCUAUGAGAACGAUGUUGCAGCCAUGAGCCUGCAAUCUCAUCUCAUCCCUGGCCUCAACCUGGCUGCUGUGGGCCUCUUCCCUGCCUCCUCCAAUGCAGUACCUCCUCCUCCCAGCAGCGUCUCCGGGGCUGCUCCGUACAGCUCCUUCAUGCCUCCGGAGCAGGAGACCGUACACGUCUUCAUCCCUGCCCAAGCGGUUGGUGCCAUCAUUGGCAAGAAGGGCCAGCACAUCAAGCAGCUCUCCCGGUUCGCAAGUGCCUCUAUUAAGAUUGCACCCCCGGAGACGCCGGACUCCAAAGUGCGCAUGGUGGUCAUUACGGGCCCUCCAGAAGCUCAGUUCAAGGCACAAGGCAGGAUUUAUGGGAAGCUGAAGGAGGAGAACUUCUUUGGGCCCAAGGAAGAAGUGAAGCUGGAGACGCACAUCCGUGUCCCCGCCUCGGCUGCAGGGAGGGUGAUCGGCAAAGGGGGCAAAACCGUCAAUGAGCUGCAGAACCUGACGGCUGCAGAGGUGGUGGUUCCACGGGAUCAGACCCCUGAUGAGAAUGAGCAGGUCAUUGUGAAGAUCAUCGGGCACUUCUAUGCCAGCCAGAUGGCACAGCGCAAAAUCCGGGACAUCCUGGCCCAGGUGAAGCAGCAGCACCAGAAGGGACAGAGCGGCCAGCUGCAAGCGAGGAGGAAAUGAGAGCAGCACUGACACCAAUGUGAAAAGUGGAACAAGCCAAUGCCAGGCUUAAGAGUGGCUGGGAAUCAGUUACCAUAGACAGAUGCAAUUGUUUUCAUUAACUGGUCGACACUAAAAGGCAGUUUGAUUGGCUUUCAAGGCAAGAGGGAUGGGGCUAAGAACCAGACCGCACCAUCUGACCCAUUUUUAGCUCCAUGUGCUGACACUGUACUGAACUGAAGUGGGAGGUGCUGCAGGGCUGGGGGAUGGAGCCCAACACCAGGCACUGCACGCAGCCCCUGCAGGCACUGCCUGCCCUCAUCUCAGGGCCUUUGGGACUCCCCCAGGGCUCCCCCCAGCUCCUCUUCCCCAUCCCUCCCUCAGUCCCUUCCCUGCCUCAGGCUGAUGGGUGUCCCCAGGCUGAUGUUAAACCUUUGGGAUCCAUUUUUUUCUCUUUAAAUUCUUUUUCUUCUUAUUUUUCUCCUCUUAAUUCCCUCCCCUCUUUUUUUUUUCUUUUAAUUUUUAAGAAAUCCCAUCACCAACCCCCCCCCACUGGUAACGAGAUCCAUUGUGAGGGACUGAAGGGAGGGGGGGGAGGAAAACCCCAUAGUUGCAAAUGGAUUUGGAUCCCCUGGGAGCUCUGCAGCCCUCCAUGUCAGCAGCACCCAGGGGUGGGCAGAAGGAGAGCUUUCCUCUCCCCUGUGCUGUGUGUGCAGUGCAGUGCCUUCUGAAGCCUUAGGAACCAACGCAGGACCUCUCUUUUCCAGGACAACUUUUUAGUUUUUCAUUUGGUUGAAUGUUUCUUUAUGUUAUGGUAGUUUACUUGAAGGGAGUUGUUUUUUGGGGGGAGUUUUGGGCUUGUUUUCUCUUUUUGUCAUCGUGUUUUUGUUUUUUUUUGCCUAUGAACUCAUGGCAGAAUGGGAUGCAGAGCUUUAACUGCAGAGAUGCUGACCUAGGAAGGGAAGGGAAGGGGCAAGGGAGGUGCUUUGCUUUUUUUUUUUCCCCCUCCUCCCUCUGAGCAACAGCAAUAAAACAUAGGAACAAAGCACAGCCCGCUUGGUAGGAAGCAUGAAUGAACGUCCAUCCUUCAGUAAUCACCUUGAGGGAAAUGGGAGCUAAACAGAUCUGGGGUUCAGAGCCAAAGGGAUUUGGGGCUUUGCUGGGAUCGGGGCUCAGCCUCAACUUCCCCACCCAGCACAGAUUUGUGCCCUGAAAUCCCAUUGGUAUCUCCAUGGGCUCAGCCACACAGUGAUUUUUUUUCUGGGGGGGGUGGGGUGGGGGGAACACUCAGGGGAAUGGAAUAUUUUCAUUAGCAAAGCUGGGGGCUGCUGGCUGGUGUUAACCCUCAUGGGGCUGUUUGUGGUGUACCCCACCCCCCCCUCCCCCAAAUCUCUCCAGAUGGGGGUGAAAAAAAAGAUAUUCUUUGAAAUUUGGCACGUCUAAAGAUUGAUUUUUUUUUUUUCCUCCUCAUUUUUUAAAACAACAACAAAAAGCCCACAGAUCACCACCACCACCACCACCACCCUCUUCUUUCUGCGGCGAGAACAGCCCCUCUCACACGACCAUACCAAAUAGACCCGUCAAACGAAUGUAAGGUGGUUCCUGAUUCCCGUCACUCUUAGGAGGAUUUUAUAUUUUAGAUAUAUUUUAAUGGUUUGUUUUUAAUAUUGGGAGUAUUGGGAAGGGACAGUAACUGCUGCCACCGCCCCGCGCAGAGCCGGCUCUCGUCUCCAUGGGGCUGUGUGUGCACCGUGCUGCCCCUACAGCCGGCCCCAUUGGGAGCUCAGCGCUGGUGCUGUCCCACAGACCGGGGAGCAGGAGGAGAAAGCAAAAAGCUCUGAUUGCAUUGGGGACAGCGGGGUGAGUCCCGAUGGAGGUGCUAAGGAGGGAGGGUGGGGGUGAACCUCGCACUGAUUCUGUACUGUUUCUUCUUAAAGCGGAGACCAGACUGCUCCCACUGAGCUGAGGUGGGGACGCAGCAGCGGUUACUGUCCCUGGGGGCACUGCAGCAGCAGCAGCAGUGGGGUGAGGCCAGGAGUUGGGGUGAGGUAUAGCCGUGUGUUGGAGCAACAAGAGAGGAAAACAAAACAAAAAAGAGAAAAAAAAAAGAGAG